CUUAUUUGUAAAAGGACGAAAAAUAAAGAAUAAAAUUGCGGAAAAACAAGUUGCGUGGUGCUUAAGCCAUCAAGAAAAACUAUCCAUUUUCGUUGGAAAACAAUGGAUGUGGAAAAUUAUGAGAAUAGCUCUGAGAAUUGUAAAAUUAUGAAAAGUGAAAAUAAUGAAAUUUCUAAUUCAACAUUAACAGCAGCACGUAUAAUUACCAGCUCUGAUAAUGGAAAUCAUCAAUGGAAACUCGUAAAUGUUCCCGUGACUCUUCCCAUGAUCGGAGAUCAGAUGCAACACAUAAUGAAGCCCAUGCUUUGUCUGGACAACAAUGGAUUCUUAUCCAGUAACGUCAUAUCCACAACUGGUAAUGAUGGAAAUGAUGUAAAAGCCAUUGUGAUUCAACAACAACAGCCAACGGCUGAACAAAUUGCGGCUGAUGUACAACAACAAUUACAGAUUAAGGUGGAACAGCAAGUUAAUAGUCAAAAUCAUCAGAAUAGCACAACGGGAAACAGCAACAAUCACUUAUCAUCAUCGGGAUCAAGUUGGGCUGAACAGCCAAUGAACAUGGAUGUACUAACGAUUCGUUGUAAAACAACAACAGCGGAAUUAUUUAAAACUAGACUUGGAUCAGGCGGUCGUGGACGAUGCAUAAAGCUCAAAGACAAAUGGUACACACCAAGUGAAUUUGAAAAUCUUUGUGGACGUGGAUCAAGUAAAGAUUGGAAGAGAUCUAUAAGAUAUGGUGGUCGGAGCUUACAAGCCCUUAUUGAUGAGGGGAUAUUGACCCCACAUGCAACCAGCUGUACAUGUGCUGCGUGCUGUGAUGAUGAUGCUACUGCAUCGGGUCCUGUACGUUUAUUCACACCCUACAAGCGUCGACGAAAAGCACAACAGGAUCAACAGGAGAAUCCAAAUUCCAGCGGAAAUGGACAACAUUCUGUUUCGGCUGCAAAUGUGACUAUUUCGUCGCCCGUAGUGACUACAAAUAAUGCUAGCAGUACGAUAAAUAAUAACAAUAAUAUCAUCAACAAUAACACAACAACUCAACAACUUCACAUUCAAACAACACCUAUACAAAAUAAUAACAAUAAUAAUACUGUCACUUUCAAUGCAAAUAAUGGGAUCAAGAAGAAGCGAUUUAACUUAAAUAUCAUUAAUGUUAAACCUAGUGAAAGUUCUGAUGACAUUGAAUCUGAGAAUAUUACAUUUACACCGACAGUUACGGCGCAACCGGCGGUUAAGGAAGAGGAGGAAGCAGUCACUCCUUGGCAGACCGUCACAGAGGCUAUUCAAGAAAUUCCUUCAGACUACGUGGACCAAACACUAUUAUCAGAAUUUAACGUGCCAUUCGAACGUAUGCGGAACAUCCAGAAACAAAUAAAUCAAUUAAGUAGCGAUCUAAAGCGAUGCAUGGACGAGUGCAAGGAGAUCUACUUGAAACACAUUGAACGUCUUCAGCGAGAACGCGACACAGCACUGCUCGCGGCUAGUCAAAUUGAAGAUCCAAAUAAUAUUAAUGCUCAGUUGCCACCGGGAGUUGAAAUUUCAAAUAAGAAGUGUGCUAAUUGUAAUCGUGACGCAAUGGCUGAGUGCUCCUUAUGUAGAAGAACACCGUAUUGUUCAACAUUCUGCCAGCGUAAAGACUGGAUAACGCAUCAGAAUGAAUGUAUUCGAAACAACGAACCGACUCAACAAAUUAUGCUGAUAGUUGAUCCUGAAUGAAAUUCAGUUAUGAGUGUUUUAGAUAUGGCGG